AUGGCGGAAGAAGAUACUCACACGCUCAGGGAGUUGGUUGCGGCUAAUUUCAAUUUACAACCUCUAUGCUUUACUUUACCAAAAAUUGAAAGUAACACUAGUUUCGAAUUACGAUCCGGACUAAUACACUUUUUGUCCUCGUUCCAUGGUCUUACGGGAAAGGAACCACAUAAACAUCUGCAGGAAUUCGAUGUGGUUUGCUCGAGCAUGACACCACCAACGGUUACCGAAGAACAAGUAAAGCUACGGGCAUUCCUUUUCUCAUUGAAGGAUGCGGCGAAUGAAUGGCUCUUUUGUCUACCGGCAGAAAGCAUCACUACUUGGAGGGACAUGAAAAAGAAAUUUUUGAAGAAGUAUUUCCCAGCAUCGCGGGCGGCGACAUUGCGCAAGAAAAUUUGCAAAAUCAAGCAACAACAAGGAGAGACGUUCCAUGAAUACCUUGAGAGGUUCGACAGGCUUUGUGCACGGUGCCCACAACACCAUAUUACUGACCAACUGUUGCUCCAAUACUUUUACGAAGGACUGGGCAUGCGAGACCGGAACAACAUUGAUGCCGCUAGCCAAGGAGCGUUGGCGGAUAAAACACCGAAAGCCGCAUGGAAGUUGAUCGCGAAGAUGGCAGAGAAAUCGCAGCAAUUCGGAACUAGAGGAAUCGAAUAUUCAGAAAGUAACGAUUCUCUUCAUCAAAAAAUUUCCGAACUUACAAAAUUUGUUCAUCAAUUGGUUGUAGGAAAUACACGCUAUGUGACAGAGUGUGGCAUUUGCACAAGCCCGGAGCAUGCAACCGAUGCAUGCCCUACCUUGCACAAGGGAAGUCAUGCCGAUGUGAAUCUAGCCGGUUUUAGUCCACCAAGGCAACCGCGAUAUAUGACCUUUAUUCAAACACCUAACAAUUUGGGAUGGAAGGAUCAUCCGAAUCUCAGGUAUGGGAAUCUGCAACAUCAACGGUUCCGACCACAAGUACCUCCCCAACAAUUCUUCCAGCCACCACCAUCUCCACCCAACCAAUCUAUCAUAUCAUUGGAAGAGAUGAUGAAAACCAUAGCUGCCAACACAAUUCAAUUCCAACAAGAUACGAGAGCGAGCAUUCAAGUCUUGGAAACCUGCAUGGAGCAAAUGGCAGUGGAUCUUCGCCAUGUCAAAGAAAGAGAAACGGAAAAAUGGUCGUCACAACUGGAAAGGAACCCAAAGAAUGUUAGUGCCAUGAAUUUACAAACCAGAAAGACGGUGGGGGCUCCGGAACCAAUCAUCCCGAAGGACAAAGAUGAGAGCACCAUCGAAAAAGAAAUCGAGAAGGAAGAUGCGAAGAAAAAUGAGGAUGCUUUUGAGGUAAAAGACAAUGAGGCACUAAAAGGGAUUUUGCACAGGUAUGCUCAUGCUCUUUUAUUCUUGCCCGAGACUAAUACAUAUUUAUUGACUUCGAUUGUGCAGCCACCGGAGUAG